AUGGGCGAAGCAUACUUGCCAAAGGAUUUCCUGUGGGGUUUUGCAACAGCGAGUUAUCAGAUCGAAGGUGCCCCCCACGAGGACGGCCGAGCAGACUCCAUCUGGGACACCUUUUGCCGCAUCCCCGGCAAGAUUGCCGGCGCCGGCUCCGGCGAUGUGGCCUGCGACUCGUACCACAGAACCGCAGAAGACAUUGCCCUCUUGAAGGAAACUGGAGCCAAGUCCUACCGUUUCUCGCUCUCCUGGUCACGCAUCAUUCCCCUCGGUGGUCGCAACGAUCCCGUCAACGAGAAGGGUCUGCAGCACUAUGUCAAGUUCGUCGAUGACCUGCGUGCUGCCGGCAUCGAGCCCCUCAUCACCCUGUUCCACUGGGAUCUGCCGGAUAACCUGCACAAGCGAUAUGGCGGCAUGCUCAACAAGGACGAGUUCGUAAAGGACUUUGAGAACUACGCAAGAGUCUGCUUCAAGGCUUUUGGCUCCAAGGUCAAAUUCUGGAUCACCUUCAAUGAGCCCUGGUGCAGCUCCGUGCUCGGUUAUGGCACGGGUCUCUUCGCGCCUGGACGGACCAGUGACCGGAGUAUCAGCCCUGAAGGUGACAGCAGCACCGAGCCCUGGAUUGUUGGCCAUUCCCUCAUAGUUGCGCAUGGUGCUGCUGUGAAGGCAUAUAGGGAUGACUUCAAGGCCAAGGAUGGCGGUCAGAUUGGCAUUACUCUGAAUGGCGACUGGACCGAGCCCUGGGACCCCGAAGACCCGGCGGACGUCGAAGCCUGCACACGCAAAAUCGAAUUCGCCAUCUCCUGGUUCGCCGACCCCAUCUACUUUGGCCACUACCCGGCCUCGAUGCGCAAGCAGCUCGGCUCGCGCCUGCCAGAAUUCACCCCCGAGGAGGUCGCCCUCGUCAAAGGCAGCAACGACUUCUACGGCAUGAACCACUACUGCGCGCACUACAUCAAGCACAAAGAGGGUGAACCCGACAUCAACGACCACGCCGGCCACCUGGAAAUCCUCCAGCAGAACAAAGCUGGUGAAUGGAUCGGGCCAGAGACGCAAUCGACCUGGCUGCGUCCCUACCCUCUUGGGUUCAGGAAACUGAUCAAGUGGCUCAGCGACAGGUAUGGCGGACCGACGUUCUAUGUCACGGAGAAUGGAACCAGUCUAAAGGGGGAGAGCCAGCUGCCGCUGGAGCAGCUGCUGGAUGAUGAGUUUAGGUGCGAGUAUUUCAGGGGGUAUAUUCGGGCGUUGGCGGAGGCGCAUGCCCAGGACGGGGUCGAUGUUAGGGGGUAUUCGGCUUGGAGUCUGCUUGAUAACUUUGAAUGGGCCGAAGGCUACGAAACCCGCUUCGGCGUCACCUACGUCGACUACGAGGGCGGACAGAAGCGGUACCCCAAGAAGAGCGCAAAGGAGAUUGGCGAGAUUUUCGAAAAGUACAUCAAAAAGGAGUAG